AGCUGCCAAUCCAAAUCUUGAAAACCACAUAGAGCUGAAAGACGGAAGAAAUGGGAAGUGCAGUGGUACCUUGGUUCUCAAAUGCCUUGGGACUCAAAGAACUUGGAACCCAAACACUGCCAACCCAGAAGUAAGUGUUCCGGUUUGCAAACUUUUUUCAGAAGCUGAACGUGCUCUGUUUUGAGUGUUACGUUUCUGAUUUGAGUGCCACGCUUCCAUUUUGAGCAUUACACUGAGGUAUCUCUGUUUUUUUGCUAUUUAUUUUCUGUUUUUGUGGCUUUUUUUUGUUUUUGUGACUGUGUGGAACCCAGGUCAGCUACUGAUUGAUGGAUUGCGUGACUGCAGUACAUUGUUUAUUGCUUUCAUUUUAUGGCUCAGUGGUCUCGUUAGAUAGUAAAAUUCAUGUUUAACUGCUGUUUUAGAGGUUGUUUUUAAAAGUUCAUUUUGCAUUACUUUCUAUGGGAAAGGACGCCUUGGUUUUGGAAUGCUUUGGUUUCGAAACAGAUUUCCAGGACGGAUUAAGUUUGAGAACCAAGGUACCACUGUAUGCUACUUUUCCAGCUUCCUCCCCUUCAGUUCCAUGCACUUUUGGGAGGAGCCACCCCUGCCAGCCCAUGAAGAAAAGGGCAGUAAGGAGUAGCAGUGGGAGGGGGCGGAUCCUCAAGGUCAUUGUGCCCACAUGCAUAACAUUAUUAAGCUUAUCCUGUUUUAUUUGUACAAGCUACUGGUUUAUUUAUUUAGAAGCAUUUAUAAACCACUUAAUAUUUUAAAACCACCAAGUACUGUACAACAUAAAAACAAUAAACAAUAUCUUUUUAAAAAGCAGCAACAUAAAAACCAGUAAAAACAAAAGGUAUAAUUAUGCUAAGAGGGUGUGACUGGCCCAAAAUUGCUGAAUAUAAUUUGAAUAAAGGUUUCAUGAAACAUUGGCUCUUUUUUCAUUUUGGAUAAACGUAUUUUGUAGACAUAUUACACUGGAUAUUUUAAAAAAUGCUAUUACUAAGGAGGUCUACAAGUAUUUUAUUUUUCUGAGAGUUACAUAUAUUAUCAAAAUUUUAGUUGACACUCACUUCUCAUCUUAGUUUUGAUUUUACAUGCAAGAGAAGCAUUCAGCUUCCCAGCUUUUAGAGAUCCGUUCUUCUUCCCCCCAACACGUCUUUUAAUAUCUCCAAAGAUCAACGAGGAAGAUGCUUCUGGAAAUAGGUUGCUUUCCAUUUUAAUGGAUUCAGUUCAUUACCCAGUAGAAAUCUAACAAUGGAUAACACAAAGAAAGAUACAUUAAUGUUUUAGUGGAUAUUUUUAGUUCCAUAGUUUCAGUUAAGAUUUAUCAUACUCUAUUAUUCAUCAUUUGGGUCUUGUAUUCAUUCUUAAACAAACAAUUUUUAAUUGUUUGUUUUAAUAUCUUUGUUUUAAUAUAUUUAACCAACUCACUCACUCUCCAGAAUCUCAAGUUAUUCCACACAUUUCCAAAGUAUGUAAGGGACAUGAGAGAAAAAGUAGGAGCAAUAUUGUGAAAUUACUAUCUAACAGUCUCUCCAGAGCUGGCCAUGUGUAAGACUCCGUUUGGAACUAUUAACAUAUUGAAUAAAAGAAAUCAGUCAGAAAGGAAAUGACUCUUGUUGGCCCGUCCUUAAGUCUUUUUUGAACACACUAGUUAAAUAUUCUACUUCAGAUUUUCCUAACAGCACUUCCUUAAUUGUUCAAUUCACCAUCAAAUUCAAAGCUGCGUGUGAGCUAUUAUUAAUAAUACAUCCCAUUUGUAUCCUGUUCUUCCACUGCAGAAAGCUCAGGGCAGCCUUUCUAGGCCACGAACAGGAAUUACAAAGUACAGUAUGGGGAAAUUAUUUUUGAGCCCUCUCCAUUAGGAAAAAUGUGUAAACCACGGUAGACACAGUGGAAGCCCUGUUUUUUAUAUGACUGAGGUAAAUGAUCAGGGCUGGAUUUAGUUUUGAUGAGGCCCUAAGCUACCGAAGGUAAUGGGGCCCUUUAUAUGUCGUUGUCCUUUGUCAACAACAAAUUGUCGCUGUUUUUUGUGUUGAAUAUAUGCUAUAUGGUAAUUUAAGGACCUAAUACAGUAGGUAUCUAAAGCCAUUUGCACACAACAAAUAUGAGCCUACAGGACACAAAACACUGUUGCUGUAUGUAGGUUUUAUUUUAUCUUAUAUUUUUGAAAUGUACAUCCAGGUUUUUUUUUCUCCUUUAAAUGUUUUAAGAGGCCCAAGAGAGUGGGGCCCUAAGCUAUAGCUUGUUAACCUUGUAAGUUAACCUUAUGAGUAAAUCCGACACUGUAAAUGAUCUUUCCCAUUUAUUAUUUACUUGAGGAAAGGGACUCGAGCUCACAGGCUCCCCAGGGUCGGUUUUAAAAAGUGACCCUUUUUUAAAGCAAAGUUUGAGGUAAAAGGAGGCAACACAGGGUCGUUUCUCCACACAGCUCCCUCACCGCUCUGGUUCCCGCCAAAGCGGCGGCUGGCGGGGCGCUGAUUGGAUGGCCCGUCCCUCGCGCCGAAACCGUUGAAGCCCAAGGAGGGUGCGCGCACGCAGCUGCGGCGUUCCCGCCAUCAGCUGCUGCAACCCAGCCGAGGGCAACCCGGAUGGCUUUGCCUCUCGCGAGCCGCGUUGCAAAGCUUUGUACCCCGAUCCAUUCCUACCCACGUGUUUGCUCAAAAACUUAAGUCCCACGGGGUUCAGUGGGUAAACUCUGUUUGCUCUCUCACGCUCAGCAGUGCAUACCCAAGUUCAAAUUGACCCCUGGGAAAACAGAAGGAGGUCGCUGUUCUUGCUUUGCCCGUGUCAACAAAACCAAACCAGAAUUUGGAAACGUUUUGGGAGAGCUACUUUCUCUCCAAACAGAAGAGUUUUACUAGUUGAGGCUGGACUCCUAUACAGUGGUACCUCAGGUUACAUACGCUUCAGGUUACAUAGCUUCAGGUUACAGACUCUGCUAACCCAGAAAUAGUGCUUCAGGUUAAGAACUUUGCUUCAGGAUGAGAACAGAAAUUGUGCUCCGGCGGCACAGCGGCAGCAGGAGGCCCCAUUAGCUAAAGUAGUGCUUCAGGUUAAGAACAGUUUCAGGUUAAGAACGGACCUCCGGAACGAAUUAAGUACUUAACCUGAGGUACCACUGUACAUGCUUAAAAGGUAAAGGGACCCCUGACCAUUAGGUCCAGUCACGGACGACUCUGGGGUUGCUGCGCUCAUCUCGCUUUACUGGCUGAGGGAGCUGGCAUACAGCUUCCAGGCAUAGCUGUCAACUUUUCCUUUUUCUUGCGAGGAAUCCUAUUCGGAAUAAGGGAAUUUCCCUUAAAAAAAGGGAAACGUUGACAGCUAUGCUUCUGGGUCAUGUGGCCAGCAUGACUAAGCCGCUUCUGGUAAACCAGAGCUGCGCAUGGAAACGCCGUUUACCUUCCUGCCGGAGCGGUACCUAUUUAUCUACUUGCACUUUGACGUGCUUUCAAACUGCUAGGUGGGCAGAAGCAGGGACUGAACAAUGGGAGCUCACAUCGUCGCGGGGAUUCGAACCGCCGACCUUCUGAUCAACAAGCCCUAGGCUCUGCGGUUUAACCCACAGCGCCACCCGGCAAAUCAUCUUGCUGACCAAUUGUUUUUGUAGGGUUGCGCUGCCGUUUCUUUUCCUUUUUUCCAAAUUAUUAUUAAUUUUCCAAAUUAUUACAAAUCAACCCAAAUUAAUCUAAUAGUUUCUUAAAAUCAGGUUCCCCCUCCUUCUCUGAACAUAUGACCACCAUCGUUUCCUCACGUUGCCGCAUUGUUUCUUAUUUAGGGUUCAGUUGACUUCCUUCAAUGUUCAGUACUGCCAUUUCUAAACAAAAGCUGGUACAGUGGUACUGCAGGUUAAGUACUUAAUUCGUUCCGGAGGUCCGAACUUAACCUGAAACUGUUCUUAACCUGAAGCACCACUUUAGCUAAUCGGGCCUCCUGCUGCCGCUGCGCCGCCAGAGCACGAUUUAUGUUCUCAUCCUGAAGCAAAGUUCUUAACCUGAAGCACUAUUUCUGGGUUAGCAGAGUCUGUAACCUGAAGCGUAUGUAACCUGAGGUACCACUGUACUUGAGAGUAGUCCUGAACCUCUCGCUUUGAGCCUACUGCUCCAGCUUCCUAACUAUCCAGCACAAAUUAUAUAUGCUUGUAAUGCGUGUCCCAGCUAUUGUAAAAACAAUUUACAGCCCAAUUCCAUGCAUGUUUGAUUGGAAGUUCAUGCUUAUUCUUAUGCAUGCAUAGGACCAUAGCUUUAGACAUAGAUUUGGAACAUAAAUGGAGGCAUUAGGGCAAAUGGGAUUCUAAAAGGAGGGUCGUUUGCUUCUGUGAUAUAAUAUCUUCCAGCAGAAGGUUCCUUGUUCAAUUUUUGGCGUCUCCUGACGGAUGGGAAAUACUUUUACCUGACACCCUGGAGAACUUCCAGUCACAGCAGACAAGACUGGGCUAGAUGGGCAUAUAGUUUUAUCUAUGCUCCUCUGUUCCCAACAGCAAAUGUAAUUAUAUUCCAGGUUUCACCAUGGGGUUCUUAGUUAAUCUUUACCUCUUCGUAAAUCUUUUUCCAAACAGUUGUUACCACAGAUAAUUGACCAUGCAUAAAACCCAUGUUAGAGUGAGUUACUGUGUGUAGCUAAUGAGUAACUGAUGGUUUUUACAAUCACUGUGGAAAAAAAUGUAAUUGAAACACUCAAAGCUACUUUAUUUAUUUAUAUAUUUGCUGCAUCAGCAAUCUCUUUUGCUGAGCCUUUCUAAUUUAUGUCAAAGUUUAUGCCAUCUUAGUAUUCUAUUGGAAAAAAUGAUUAUAGGGCCACAGUCAUGGUCUCAUGUUAUUGGUAUGAUAGAAGGCUUGUCUAGUGGCUGGAACCACACCAAUUGUUGGGACCAACAACGUGAGGAUCAUGAUGAAUCAUCUGAAUGGUGAUUUGAACCCUAGUCAGCAUGAGCAGUGUGUGGGAUCAAACAUGUCAGGCACUCACUGGAAGGUAUUGUAGGAUUUCCUGUUGCAUUAUGGGGUUGGUCGACCUGGGAACAUAGUCCAUCUAAGAGUAGGAAAACUCUGAUCCUAAAUCUCUGCUUGCGCAUGCGCAGAAGCGCAAAAUGACAUCAUACGCAGAAGCGACGAAUCGCAACCCGCCCGUGUGCAGACGCGCCGCUGUGGGUUGCGCUCUUUUCAUGUUGCGAAUGGACCUCCGGGAUGGAUCCCAUUUGCAACCAGAGGUACCACUGUACACAUUUAUACUUAACACCCAUAGUCAAGUGGUUAAAUUUAUAUGGAUCAUGACCAUUGUUAGCUUUGAUUUACAAAGCACUAAUUAAUUUUAACCAAACUGCGGGAGGCAGUGGAAGACAGGAGUGCCUGGCGUGCUCUGGUCCAUGGGGUCACGAAGGGUCGGAAACGACUAAACAACAACAAAAAUUAAUUUUGAGUGGUGUGAGGUUUCAUUGUUGCUGUGAAUUAAUACAAUGUAAAUUGACUUCUUGUAGAAGAGGCUUCUUAUCUACAAAUGUAUAGGCUGAGCAUCACAAAACACACAUGCUACAAGUUGGAAGGAUCCCUGUACAGGCAUAUUCAACCAGACAGAUGUUUACUACUGUUAACUUUCCUCCACCUUCUGAACAUGGGGUCUGCUUUGCCAAACCAUAUGCACUGUGUAUGCAAAUAGCUGCAGCUGCAGGAUGCAUUUAUCCAGCAAGGGAAACUGCUUCUGCAGCCUCCUUAUUCAGAAGCCUGCUUCUGUAUGCAGAUCACACUUUCUGGACUGUGGGUGCUUUUAGAUCAUCUGUUUUGUGUGGGAUUCAAUAAUGUAUUGAGGUCAGCUUGCACAGUUGCAAUUGAUCUGUAGCUCUUGCACAACAAAGCCACUUCCCCAAAAUAUCAGACUGUUUGAAGUAAGGCAAGUGAUGCGAAAAUGCACUGAAAAGCUCCCCACAAAUCAAGAUGAAUGCACAAUAAACAUAUUGUCUGAAAGCACCCUGUGAUAUUCUCUCUCUCUCUCUCUCUCUGUUUGUGUGUGUGUCAUAGAAAGUCAUCAAAUCAUAGUGUUGGAAGGGAUCACGAGGGUCAUCUAGUCCAGGGACGUCCAACUCACAAUAGACUGCGAUCUACUCACAGUAUAAAAAAACUGGCCAUGAUCUACCCAUUGUCGUAAAAAGACUGGCAGUGAUCUACUCAAAGUUAUUGAGCUUUCUUUAGGAAGCCAAAGUUGUGGAGCUUUUUUAGGAAAGGCAAAGUUGUGGAGCUUUUUUGCAAGGAGAUCACUGAGGGACCAGAGGUCUACCAGGAACACCCUGCGAUCUACCAAUAGAUCAUGAUCUACCUGUUAGACAUGCCUGAUUCUAGUCCAACCCCCUUGCAAUACAGGAAUCUUUUUCCCAAUGUGGGGCUCAAAUGCACAACUCUGAGACUCUGAGAUUAAGAGUCUCAUGCUCUCCCAACAGAGCUAUCAUGUGUGUAAGCAUAUGUGUACAGUCGUACCUUGGAAGUCGAACGGAAUCCGUUCUGGAAGUCCGUUCGACUUUCAAAACGUUCGAAAACCAAAUCGUGGCUUCUGAUUGGCUGCAGGAAGCUCCUGCAGCCAAUCAGAAGCUGUGGAAGCUCCGUCGGAUGUCCGGCUUUCAAAAGAACAUUUGAAAACCAGAACAGUCACUUCCGGGUUUUGAUUGUUUGGGAGCCAAAUCAUUCGAGAACUAGGCAGUUCGACUUCCGAGGUACGCCUGUAAUUAUAUAUUGUAGGCCUCCAUUUGUCUCAAGAGACAAUGGAAUGCACCGCAAAGGGUGAAGUGAAACCACUGCGUUAGCAGCACAGAAGUGACCUCCUCGGGGCGCAAGCCUGGGCAGCGUGUAUGGAGGUUCUGGGCUGCCCUUGGCCUUGUUGAUGUGGUCCAAAGGAAAGCAGAGCAACACGUUUGGCACCAGCUUGACUGCAGGAGUUGCCACAAAGAGGUGUACUGUACAAGACACAAUCCGUCCAAUUUAGGGGCUCUACUUCAGAUUUGCGUAGGGUUUACUCCUUAGCCUUUUUUCUACUGAAGAUAUCCCAUAAGGCAGCUCAUCUCACUUCACUGGCUGAGGGAGCCACCGUACAGCUUCCGAGUCAUGUGGCCAGCAUGACUAAGCCGCUUCUGGCGAAACCAGAGCAGCGUGCGGAAACGCCAUUUACCUUCCCGCCGGAGCGGUACCUAUUUAUCUACUUGCACUUUGACAUGCUUUUGAACUGCUAGGUUGGCAGGAGCUGGGACCGAACAACGGGAGCUCACCCUGUCGCAGGGAUUAGGCUCUGUGGUUUAACCCACAGCGCUACCUGCGUCCCGGCAAGAAUGUUACUCGCCCACAAAUGGAAAGAACAGAAGUCUCAGCAAAGGAAGAAUGGAUACAAAAACUUGUGGAAUAUGCAGAAAUCGCGAAACCUACCGGAAGAAUAAGAAAUCAAGAUAACAAACUUUUUAUAGAAGAAUGGUUUAUUGAAUAUUUACAGAUAAACUGUAAACAGAUAAGAACAUUGGCAGGAUUAUUGUAAUAACCUGCAGUUUUAUAGGAGUAUAUAUUUAAAGUAGAUGAAUAAAUGAGCAAAUUAAGUUAAUUUGGAUAUGCAGAAGAUAUUAAAAAUAAAUCUAAGAAACUACAGAAAGGGGGAAGGAAGUCAAGUUUUGAAAUAUUAAAAUGAUUGUAAAAUUAGUGAAAUGUAGAAAUCUGAUAAGCAUAAAAUUUAAAAGAAAAACGACCAAAAAACCAAAAUCUCAUGUAAAUUCCUCAUUGAGAAGGGAUUCUCUCAGAGUCUAUAGAACAAUAAAUACCUCCAGCAAGAAAUAAAAAGAACCGUUGAGCUUACCUGUAAAAGGUUUCUUUCUGAGAGUGAACAGAUGCUCCCAGGUGGGUUGUGGGCUCCUUCUAGUGCUUGCAGGCAGGAUUGCAGCAUUUUUCUCCUCGCUUGUUUACACGGAUGUCAAAACUACAGCCAUCAAUCCUCAACACAAGAACAUUAUUUUUUAACACCUCCUGCAUCUGGGCUGGACCGAUCUGCCUGCGUGGUCCGAGGUGGCCUCGCUGGCCGGGCACAGCCCUCUCUGCAAAAGCCCCAGGGUGGUGCAGCCCCUUUGUAGUUUCCCCCAGGUGUGGGUCCUUCUGGCUGGGCAGGGAUUCCCUCCCUCCUGGACCACAGCCCAAUGCCUUUGCCCAUUUGUCCUGGAAUCAGAGCAAAUGAAUUACGUUUACAAAAAUCCACGCAGAAGAACCCAUCUGGUUCUGGAUAUCUACCCUCGGGGUCCCUGCCGACUCUACAAUGAAUCAAUCAAUCAAUCAAUCAAUCAAUCAAUUCAUUCCUCGAAAGGAAUUAACUUUCAAAUGCAAUCCUAUUCGAGGGUUUGGCAGCCUGCAACCCUUCAUCCCUGAUGCCUGGCGGGCAGCCUUUCUCCACCUUGGGUCUCCAACUCUUGGACUACAACUCCCAUCAUCCCAGACCACUGGUUUUGCUAGCUAGGGAAUUAUGGGAGUUGUAGUCCCAUAGCCCAACAACAUUGGGGGGACCCAAAGUUUAGAAAAUAAGGCAACAUUUGGAGGGCUGCGAGGUUCGCCACCUCUGCGAAUAUCUUGGCUGCUGGAAUAUCUUCGGAUGCUGCUGGCCUUUGAACCCCGUGGUGGUGGUGCUGGUGGGGUCUUGCUUCUACGAUCGCGCUACAUCUCGUCCAGCCUCCCUGCAGCGCAGGAAUCUCAACGUCAGCAUCAUCAUAGACAGAUACUGAUUCCUUCGUUAUCCCGUUCACUCCGUCGCGCUGUUUCCCAUCCCCGCUCCUCCCAGAGGAUGAUGGGAGUUGUAGUCCAACAACCUUCCCUAAUAACCCAUUAACGCAGGCGUCUCUGCGCACGCGCAGCAGCGUCUCCCUCCUCCCCCCCUCCCCCUCGACGCCCCAGAACGUGGCGGGACAGGCUCGGCGCGCGGCUGGUGGGCCGUGACGACAGCGGUGACGAAGAGGUGGGCGGAGCUUCGAACCGGGAAAGGUAACGAGUUAGCGCGGUUGUCCCUCCUUCCCUCUCGGCUCCCCACUCGCGCCUCAGUCUAUCCCCUCACACCCGGCUCUUCCACGGAGGGGGGGUUGGGCAACCCGAGGUUUGGGCCCCUCCCCCCCUUUGCUUCGGCCUGGCUGCUUUGCUUCGACCCCUUUGCCUCAGGCGGCUCAAGAACCAUGGCGGUGUUUGGCCGUUUGGAAACGGAGCGGAGGAGGCGCGUUCCUCAGACUUAAGAGAGUCUUCUUGUUGUUUAGUCGUGUCCGACUCUUCGUGACCCCAUGGACCAGAGCACGCCAGGCCCUCCUGUCUUCCACUGCCUCCCGCACUUUGGUCAAACUCAUGCUGGUAGCUUCGAGAAUACUUUCCAACCAUCUCGUCCUCCGUCGUCCCCUUCUCCUUGUGCCCUCCAUCUUUCCCAGCAUCAGGGUCUUUUCCAGGGAGUCUUCUCUUCUCAUGAGGUGGCCAAAGUAUUGGAGCCUCAGCUUCACGAUCUGUCCUUCCAGUGAGCACUCAGGACCGAUUUCCUUCAGAAUGGAUCGGUUUGAUCUUCUUGCAGUCCAUUGAACUCUCAACAGUCUCUUCCAGCACCAUACAGUGGUACCUCGGGUUACAUAGCUAAUCUGGUGAAAAUCAAGUUAAUCCAGAACACUUUUGUCACUGGUUCUACGCAUUAUCAGCCUGACUGCCACUACAGUGGUACCUCGGGUUGCAGAUGCUUCAGGUUACAGACUCCACUAACCCAGAAAUAGUACAGUGGUGCCUCGCAAGACGAAAUUAAUCCGUUCCGUGAGUGUCUUCGUCUAGCGGUUUUUGCGUCUUGCGAAGCAACCCUAUUAGCAGAUUAGCGCUAUUACCGGUUUAGCGGCUAUUAAAGGCUUAUCGGCUUAUCGGAUUAGCUGCUAAAAGGCUAUUAAAGGCUUAGCGGCUUAGAUAAAGGGGGGGGAAAGCGAAAAAAAAUCUCAAGACUCGCAAGACAUUUUCGUCUUGCGAAGCAAGCCCAUAGGGAAAUUCGUCCUGCGAAGCAACUCAAAAACGGAAAACCCUUUCCGCCUUGCGAGGCAUUCGUCUUGCGGGGCACCACUGUACCUCGGGUUAAGAACUUUGCUUCAGGAUGAGAACAGAAAUCGUGCGGCAGCGCAGCAGCGGGAGGCCCCAUUAGCUAAAGUGGUGCUUCAGGUUAAGAACAGUUUCAGGUUAAGAACGGACCUCCGGAACGAAUUAAGUACUUAACCCGAGGUACCACUGUAAUUGAAAACUGUAAUUGAAAUUGAUUCUUCGGCGAUCAGCCUUCUUUAUGGUCCAGCUCUCACUUUCAUACAUCACUAGGUGAUGUCUCUGCCUUUUAAGGUGCUGUCUAGGUUUGUCAUUGCUUUUCUCCCAAGAAGCAGGCGUCUUUUAAUUUCGUGACUGCUGUCACCAUCUGCAGUUAUCGUGGAGCCCAAGAAAGUAAAAUCUCUCACUGCCUCCAUUUCUUCCCCUUCUAUUUGCCAGGAGGUGAUGGGCCCAGUGGCCAUGAUCUUCAUUUUUUUGAUGUUGAGCUUCAGACCAUAUUUUGCACUCUCCUCUUUCACCCUCAUUAAAAGGUUCUUUAUUUCCUCCUCACUUUCUGCCAUCAAGGUUGUGUCAUCUGCAUAUCUGAGGUUGUUGAUAUUUCAAGAGAGUCUUGAGAUGCCUUCAUUGCACGGGUUUGGGCUAGGUCAGGCAUAGGCAAACUCGGCCCUCCAGAUGUUUUGGGACUACAAGCCCCAUCAUCCCUAGCUAACAGGACCAGUGGUCAGGGAUGAUGGGAGUUGUAGUCCCAAAACAUCUGGAGGGCCGAGUUUGCCCAUGCCUGGGUUAGAUGACCCCUGGGCUCCCUUGCAAUUCUGUUCCGGGGCUGAGGAGCCUGCAACCCUCCAGGUGUUGCCAGGUUCCCAACCCCCAUCAUCCCUGGGGCCGGUGGGAGUUGGGGGUCCCUGGGCAUAAGCAUGGGGAAAUAGCUGCCUCCCAAGUCAAUAAAAAUCAAUUAAAAUACUUAUCUGAGGUUCUCCGCCACCUAACAAAAGCCUGCCCCCCCCAAAUACUGGCUACACCCAUAUGGGGGUCCCGGCAACAUCUGGAGGCUUGCAAGGUUAGCCACCUCUGCUGCAGUGGUUAGUUGGUUAGUUGUGUGCUUGUUUCGGAUGCUCAUGGCUUUUUAACCCCAUAGUGGUGGUGGGGUUUUGCUUCUACGAUUGGGCUGCAUAUUGAUCCAGUGCUUCAGUUCCACCUAGACCAGUGGUUUUCAGCCUUUUUUUCCCUCCGGGCCACACUUUCAGAAUAGCAAUUUCCUUGUGCCACACCAAAAUUUUUUUAUUGAUAAGAAAUACCUUGGUGAACACAACUAGGAUUGUCUUCAGUAUCACUUGAUGCCCUUGCUCUCAUUUUGGAAAUAUAUCCAUAUUCUGCAAAUAAAAAAGAUUAUUUUGAUACUAGACUAGACUACCCUGAAAUGUUUACAUGUUUCUUUGUCCUUGAAUCUUCCUGCCACACCAGUGUGGAUGCGGGUGGUGCUGUGGUCUAAACCACUGAGUCUCUUCUGCCGAUCAGAAGGUCGGCGGUUCGAAUCCACUUGUUGGUGGUGACCGCCCAUUGCUCUGUCCCUGUUUCUGCCAACCUAGCAGUUCGAAAGCACGCCAGUGCAAGUAGAUAAAUAGGUACCGCUGCACUCCUCACCAACUAACUUCGGUCCAAUUUGAAAACAUAAGCUGUGUCAAGACAUCCACACACUUUCUCUGCCCCACUGUGGUGGACAGACAAUAGGCGACUUGGUAACACAUCCAAAAAUACUGUUUGAGUUGUGUGCCUGUAUUACAAAGCUGGCAGGCAACAUGAUCCAGUGCAGCGUUCACCAACCUGAUCUUCUCUGGGUAUUUUGGACUACAACUCCCAUCAGCCCUUGCCAGCAUGGUCAGUUCUCAUGGGAGUGGUAGUCCAAAGUAUCUGAGGGAGGGGCACUAAGUUGGUGAAGGCUGGUCUAGUGGUUUGACUAUUGGACUGGGUAGACAGGUGGCAGGUGGUACACAUGACAUUUCUCAGUAGUCGAGGUGAUGCCAUCCAGUUCUGUCCUGCUUACUUGCCAAAACAAUGCAGAUGUUCUUGUAGAGAAGAGGCAUUAGCCUAGCAGUGCCCUUUCAUGUUCCAUUGCAGAUAACCGGGUCAUUUACAUCCAGUCCUUUUGAGUGGUAGUGUAAACUGAUCCUGGAAGACCCAGGAUUGUUCUGGGCAAGAUAAAGCGACUAAGAAAUUUAAAAAAAGUAAACCCACCUCUGUCCUUAUGCUGGGGUUCAAAUAUAUGCUGCCUUUAACUUCUUGGAGGAAAGGCAACUUAUAAAUGUUAUAAAUGCUUUUUAUCUGCCUUUUCAGGAGCAUAAAUUAUUGAUCUUAAUGGAGAAGCCAAGUUAUUCACUGUUCUGAGUACAAUUUUUACUCUUUUUACAGCUUUGAAAGCACACCACCCAGCCUGCAACGUUAGCUACAAAUGCGAUGGAAGACAGCAAGAGCGAAAAGGUCGCAGAUAUUAUUCGGCUGAAUGUUGGCGGAUGUAUGUACACCGCUAGGCGUAAAUCUUUAUGCCGUUUUAAGGACUCGAUGCUAGCAUCUAUGUUCAGUGGACGAUUUCCUCUGAAAAUGGAUGACACAGGUAAAAAAAAGUAGUAAAUAGCUAAAACUUGAUUGUAAAGUAAUUAUGAAUUCAAUUUUCUAAUAUUCUUUCAGCUUCGGCCAAGGGAUAAUAAACAUGGGUCAAUACAAAUGCAUUGUAAUUUUUAUUAUUUCCCGUAUAAUGAGCAACUUAUUUAAUACUUUAAAGGUUAGCGAUUUCCAAUAAAGUGUGGUAGAAGAAAAACAUCAAGUAUCAUAGAAUACACUGUAGGGCUGGAAAGAGCUAAAGAUGUCACCAAAUCUCUGUGCUUGAGUAUAGGAUUGGCAACAUCAUCAAUCGUUUGGUUCAUCUAGGUAGCACGAGAUAAACAGGUGUAGUUUGAAUAAUAUUUUGUUUUGCUCUCAGUAUAUUUAGCUUUUGACAGAUUUCCCUCAGGCAAAAAUUACAGUGUGACGUCAGCCAUUUUGUCUGACUGGUCCUAUAAUGGUAUGGGGUUGCUCGUGCGUAAGUUGCCGCCUCUCCUGGCUAUGUUGCCUUGUUAAACCUUUCUGUCUGGACAGCCCUUCAAUUCGUGGCUGCCUCAGUCGCUAGCAGAAUCCGUCAGUGGGCGUUUCUUAAACCUUUUCCAACAUAAAAGUUGUUUGACACCCAGUCUCCUCCUACUUUCUCUGCGCGGAAGUCUUCUGCGCAGGGAGGGCGUGGGUAGCGGAGGACCAGUGCUCUCCCCGCUGGUGUCCGGUGAAGAGUCUGGGAGCCCUCUCGCCGAUUCCCCCAUCUGCCCCUCCUUAUUCCUGGUGUUGCACUGAAUUGCUUCCCCAUCUGCUGAGCUGCCUCUCUCCCUGCUGGGCCCUUCUCCAGCAUCAUUAGAGAGCCUUCCCUCCACCUCUAGCUCCGAUGUCAGUUCCCUGACAGGUCCCAAAUUAAGUAGAAAGAUGGACAAUUUCGAACAAUAGAGGAGAAUAAUAUAAUAGAGAAAAGGUUUGAAAAAUCCUACCUGAAACCCUGGAAAGUGUCUUCCAGUCAGUGUUGAUGUUACUGAGUUUGAUCGAUCAAUGGUCUGACUCAAUAUAAGGCAACUUCUGGUGUUUCUCUUUUUCUCUGGACUGCUGUUCACAAAGAGAACACUUCUUGCAAGCUAGUAUCUCUGGGUUUUUGCCAUCUGCAUCAGUUUACUCUUGGGGUGUAGCCUUCCUUCCAUUCACAGAUAAUUUCCUUGGAGCCUGCGCGGGAAGUAGUACUAGUUUGUUCAAGGAUGUGAGCCAAGACCCAUUCAGCAGGGGGAAACAGAACAAAACAAAAAUCUUUCUAUCUUCUCUGAUUUUUUUUUUAAAAAAAUAAUAUUUAUUGAUUUUCCAACCAUUUGAACACAGUAAAACAGAAAAAACAGAAAAGGAAAAGAAAAAUCAAAGAAAAAAAGAGAAAAAACGUAACAAAACAAGACACAAACCAUUUAAAACACAAAACAAUUUCAAUAUCUUAACUUUCAUUCCCUUAUUUCCACGACCUCCUCAUGCCUCCCUUUCUGUAUUCCACUUCUAUUAAUUGUUUCAGCAAUUCCUUUCCAUCUUCCUCUGUUUUCUAUCCUAUAAUUAUCUUAACAUAUUCUAAUCUUAUUUUUACCUUUAAUACUCUAUUUCUAUUUAUACUUAAUUCCUUAUAACAUUUCUACUAAAGCCAUAUAACUUCAUUCCAACCUUUUUCGAACAUUCAUUAUUUUUAAAAUAUUUCUAUACAUAGUCUUAAACUUUUUCCAGUUUUCUUCCACCGACUCUUCUCCCUGGUCUCGGAUUUCUGCCAGUCGUUUCCGCCAAUUCCAUAUAGUCAUCAACUUCAUCUGCCAUUCUUCCCGGAUAGAUAAAUCUUGUGUCUUCCAGUACUUCACAAUGAGUAUUCUUGCUGCUAUUGUUGCAUACAUGAGACAAAUUCUAUCCUUCUUUAACACCAAUUGACCGACCAUGCCCAGGAGAAAGGCCUCUGGUUUCUUCAAAAGGGUAUAUUUAAAUACCUUUUUCAUUUCGUUAUGAAUCAUCUCCCAGAGUGUCUUAAUCCUUGGGCAUGUCCACCAAAGGUGAACUCUAAUCCUCAAAUUCGUCUGUUUUUCCUUAAAUUCAGUCAUAGCGAGCGUCAACUUAUGUUCAUCAAAUUGCCUCUGUAGGGCUGGGGCUCUCUUUCUCUUUCUCUCCAGUUGUGUUUCUAUACCUUCAUCAGCAACAGCUUUUUCCUUGACUUCCUCCACAGCUUGCCAUAUCAAAAUAGGUUCUUGUAUCAAUUUCUGGGUGGUUUCUGUAUUGGUAUUGUCCAUACUCCCUGCAUUCAAGUCAACCUCAACAAUUGAAACAUCCACCUUCGCAUUUAUCAUGUCCAUUUUCCUGUGAAGCUGAUCCAAUGAGUCAUUUAUCUUAUAUAAUGCCGCCACCAAAGCCUCUUCUGUCGACAUUCCUCUUAGUUUCAAAUAUACUAGUACAGAGACAACAACAAAAAGAACAGGAGGGUUUAAUAAUAAACCUCUCCUGAAUUCUUACCAGGUCCUCCCAGACCUUAAUGUUUUAUCAACAGUUGACUGGUCUGUUUUUCCUCUUCCAUUUACCAUAACAUUUAAAAGAUUCAAGGUCAGUCCCAGAGUCUCACGGUUUUUAACUUGCAGCUGGAAAUUCCCCUAGUCCAACUCUUGUAAAUCAACCAGUUUCAAAGGCUUCCACUAGGGGGAAACAGUUUCUAUUUGUAAAAGUCAAUAGUAUCCUCUUUUAAACAAUCCGAAGUUAGUUUCAAUUUUCAGUUACUUUUACUCCUUUUUAAAGCAGCCGGAAACAGUAGAAACAAUGUAUUUCUCUUAUUUAGCUAGCUGUCAAUGAACGUUCUAAGCGCUGUCAAUGAACAUUCCAAAAAAGUCAGUCUUACUAGCAGCCCGUUUCCAGGGUCAGAGCGGCGGUGUUUUAAGCCUCUUCGCUCUCUCCCGCAGGCAUACUCAAUCCGCAACUUCCCCUCUCUUCUCCUGCCUCCAAGAGGGGUUUAAUGUUCUUUACCGUUGGAAAUUUGAUCUUUUACAAAAGACCUUUCAAGACUCCAGCUUGCAACUUCAUUGCCUCAGUCUAUUUACAAAAAAGGGAAGGCGGACUUCCUGUUUUGAACCUCCCCGUUACGAUACCAAAUUAAACUUUUAGAAAUCCAAUUCUUCCGUUUCAGCUCUACUCACAGGUAAUUACUUUAAAGUCAAAUUGUCCACAGGAAAAGGUCAGCGCUCUCCGGCAACAGCUAUGCGGCUUCGCUCCGUGGAAGAAGCAGACGAUUCGAUGCACCGCGCCGCUCACCCCACGUCGCUCCAGAGCCCCAAAAACCGGGGUUCCCCGCGAGUGGGGGAGGCGCAAAAGGUGCCCGCUGAAUCCCACGUUCACAGGCUUCUCCUGCCUGUGAUUUUAACGGGUCUCCGCCUUCGCCGUGGCGGCCAGACCCAGAUUUCCACGGAACAGAUUCCUCCCGGUCAGAGGAAUUCUGCCAUUACUGGAGGCGCCUCCCCCGGAAGUCCCCUAUCUUCUCUGAUCAGUCUGACGCCAACUAUUGCAAAUCCUCCGGAUAAGGAGAGACUCUAUCAAGGGGUUGUCCAAAUACAACAUUUUCGGGACAUCUCUCUUCUCUCCCAGCCUUCUCAGCAACUUGUUUAUGCUGCCUCAGAUUAUGAUUCCUCAGCAGGAGAGAGGACUUUCCUUAUGCAGUUGGGGCCUGUGUUCAGGUUUAGCACUUAGUCGGGGCUGUCAAUCGCUUGCCACAAGCAACAAACUAAUGUAGCUGGUUGAGGAAAGAAUUAGCCUUUUUAAUUAUGUUUGCCUUUUGAUAUUAUCUGUCGGUUAAUACAUACACAGGUUCUUUGUGUCUAGUAUUUUAUUUGAGCAAAUCUGAAAGAGAGAUUGAAAAAAGAUACGUCUCCUUAAAAUAUAACAUCGCCAAGAAGAGCGUACUGAGAUAUACAGUGGUACCUCGGAAGUCGAACGGAAUCCGUUACGGAAGUCCAUUCGACUUCUAAAACGUUCGGAAACUAAGGCAUGGCUUCCGAUUGGCUGCAGGAAGCUCCUGCAGCCAAUCGGAAGCUGCGUCGGACGUUCGGGUUCCAAAGAACAUUUGCAAACCAGAACACUCACUUCCGGGUUUGUGGCGUUCGAGAGCCAAAACGUUCAACUCGCAAGGCAUUCGGGAUCCAAGGUACGACUGUAUUUGUUUGAUGAAUUGACAGCUUGGAUGCAGUUAUGAUAACCAUGCCCUUCUCAAAAUAUGGAUUCAAAUCCCCAUUCAGCCAUGAAGCUCACUGGGUGAUCUUGGGCCAUUUACUCUUUCUCAGCCAAACCAACUUUUCAGGGUUGCUUGGAAGAAUAAAGGAGGGUGAAGAAGAUAGGCACAUUAUAAAUGUUGUACUUGUUUUUAUUUGCCUUUGCAGGAGCUUGCCUUAUUGAUCGAGAUGGCAGCCUCUUUAAAUACCUCUUGGAUUAUCUUCACGGAGAGGUUCAGCUACCAGAAGAUGAGCAGACGCGAAUUGCAUUGCACGAAGAAGCUGAUUACUUCGGCAUUCCUUACCCUUACAAUCUUGCUGACCAUUUGGCCAAUGAAAUGGAGACCUAUUCUUUAAGAUCAAACACAGAACUCAAAAAGGUAUGGGAAUUUUCCUGUGCCUUUAAAUUAAAAUUAAAUUAAAACCGUCAUUAGAUGUUGAAGCACAGGGGUGGCAUUGAUCUGAUCCUGGGGUACCCAGGAUUGCCCUAGGCAAGGUAAAGUUGACUCAGAAAUUAAAAAAUAAAAACACCCCUGUGAUGGGAUGAGGAGCUGCUUGUGCGUAAAAUAGUAUCCCCUCAGAGUUUGUUCAAGUCCACAAACCUCUGUCUGUGACGGAGCCCCUCAGACAUGGCUCCUCUAGUCACUAGCAGAUUCCGACAGUGGUUGCUUUCGGAAUCGCUUCCAACAUAAAAGCUCCUUAACGGAAACACGUCUUCUGGACUCUCUGCGUGACAGUUUCCGGCGAGGAGUGGGUGUUCCUACAGGAGGUCCUGAAACCUCCCCACUGUUUUCGCUGGAAGUGUCUCUGAGCCAUCCCUCCAGCUCACUUUCCCUCAGCUCAGCUCCUCUCCCCCUACUGGUUCCCUCUUCAGCUGCUGAGUCUCUCCCAACCUGUGUGAGCCCUUUCACCUCCCUUCCUUCCGAUGGCAGUUCCCUGACAUCCACCUCCCCCCAGGGCCCCUUUCACCCCCUCUCGCCCCCUCCUCUACGGGCGGUGAGGAGGCAAAACCCGGAAUGAACUUCCUUCAUCUUCCGAUGUCUCGAACACUUCUCUCCACCUGUUGCGGUUCCUGGUCUCGAAGUACUCCUCCUCCUCAGAGUCCAUCUCCCUUUCCCCUUCCGAGUCCGGGAAUCCUUCCAACUCCUCCUCCUCAUCAGUGGUCCCAAAGUAUUCCCUCCGGAACCUCUCCACAGGCUGAGGUUUCCUUGGGAACCUUUGAUGGAACGUUUCUAUCAAUACCUCGUCAUUGAUAUCUUCGGCCAUUACCCAAGUGUUUUCUGACUCCGGUUCUCCUUCCCACGCUACCAAAUACUCCACCUGAUCCCCCUUCCACCUGGCGUCGAGGAUUUCUGCCACAUGGCUGCUGCAUUCUCUUUCUUCUAUGACCGGUCCCAGUGGCCAUCCCUUCUCGUCCCCCUUCGUACGGUGACAGUAACGACCUGUGAAAUACUGGGUGCAGUUUCAUGUGGUUGGGUAACCGGAGCCUGAAAGCCACUGGGUUGACCUGUUGAAUGACCUCAAAGGGACCCAACCUCCUGGGUCUUAAUUUCUUACAACCUCCUUUGAACGGCAGCCCUUGGGUUGACAGCCACACCCUAUCUCCCACCCUUAUGGUUUCACCUUCCCUUCGGUUCUUGUCUGCCUGCCUCUUGUAUUCUUCCUUCGCCCUUUCUAAGUUGAGUUGGAGCUGACGAUGGAUUGCUUCCAUUUCUUCCACAAAAUGCUCGGCUGCCGGGACGCUCCAUCUCUCCCCAUCUCCCCUGGGAAAGCCCUGGGAUGACACCCAUAAUUAGCCAAGAAGGGGCUCAUCCCUGUGGACACAUUCUCGGCAUUGUUGUAGGCAAAUUCCGCCAGCGCCAACUUUUCUACCCAGUCAUUCUCUCUGUCAUUGACAUAACACCUCAGGUAUUGCUGGAGGACACCGUUUGCUCUUUCCGCCUGCCCGUUGGUUUCAGGGUGCCGGGCAGUCGAAAAAUUGACCUCCACCUGCAGUAAGCUCAUGAGCUUCCUCCAGAACCUGGAAGUAAAUUGUUUUCCUCGGUCUGAGACCACCCUCAAUGGCACCCCGUGCAACCUAAAAAUGUGUUCUACAAAUAACUUCGCUGUCUCUUCCGCCGUGACUGCAUGCGAGCAAGCUACAAAGUGGCACAUCUUUGUUAGUAGGUCUACCACCACCAUGAUGGCUGUUUUCCCUUUGGACUUCGGCAGAUCAGUCAUAAAAUCUAUCGACACUGCCUCCCAAGGUCGUUCUGGGGUUGGUAAGGGUUCUAAUAGCCCCGCCGGCGCCCGCCUUUCCCCUUUGGCUCGCUGGCAUUGCUCGCACCCUCUUACAUACUCACGUACAUCUUCCCUCACCUUAGGCCACCAAAAUUCCCUGGUGACCAACCACAUGGUUUUGUGUUGUCCAAAAUGCCCCGCCGUAGGGCUGUCGUGCAACUGCUUGAGUACCCUCCCCCUUAAGUCUCCUUCAGGGAUAUACAGUGCCCCUUUGUAAUACAAAGCUCCAUUUCUUUCCUCGAAACCCCCUGGUUCCUCUCCCUCACCCCUAAGACCUCUGAGCUUAUUCUGGGCGUAUUCAUCAUUCUCUGUUUCCUCUACCAGUUCUCUUUGUCCCACCAAUGCCGCCCCACACACCCAGCGGUCCUCUGGAAUGACAUGUCUCUCUUCGGGUGCUCCCUCCCCCUCCAAAUAUUCAGGUUUGCGUGAGAGAGCGUCCGCCCUAAUGUUCUCUGGGCCUGGCACGUAACCAAUCUCAAAGUUAAAUUUGGAGAACUCCUGGGCCCAUCUCACUUGCCGUUGGUUGAGCACUCGUGCCGUCCUCCAAUACUCUAGGUUCUUGUGGUCAGUGCACACUUGCACCUUAUGUUGUGCGCCAAUUAGCAGGUGCCUCCAUCUCCGGAACGCCUCAUGAAUGGCUAGUAGUUCUCGGUCAUACACCGUGUAGUUCCUCUCGGAUUUGUUCAGCUUUCGCGGAAAAAAAGCACACGGUCUCCACUCUGACUCCUCCUUCCCUGGCUGCAGAAGCACCGCCCCAAUCGCUCUGUCUGAUGCGUCAGUUUCCAGGGCAUAUUGCAUCUCUGUCCGAAAGCCAUGAUAGUCUUUGGGCUCCCCCCCACACUUCUGCACCAAGCCUGGUACCUUGCUGGCGAGCUGGGUGGCUUUCCCCUUCUUGUCUGCAUCCUGAGCCCUCCUCUCCUCCAGCCUCGCCGUCUGCAGCGCUAGCUGGACCUCCAACACCCGGUACCUUUCUUCCAGGCUUGGACCCGCUCCAGCUCCUGCUUCUCCGGUUCCGGCUGGGUUGCUCAUGAUGCCUUCUCCUGCACAAGCUGCUUUCAAAGACUGUCGGAAUGCUGUGAUGGGAUGAGGAGCUGCUUGUGCGUAAAAUAGUAUCCCCUCAGAGUUUGUUCAAGUCCACAAACCUCUGUCUGUGUGGAGCCCCUCAGACAUGGCUCCUCUAGUCACUAGCAGAUUCCGACAGUGGUUGCUUUCGGAAUCGCUUCCAACAUAAAAGCUCCUUAACGGAAACACGUCUUCAAACACAGUGAAACCAAAGUGACAUAAGGGUGCCCUGAGGCAUAUUGAUAACUACAAGCCUUGCAUUCAUUCAUUCAUUCAUUCAUUUAUGAAUGGAUGGGUGGAUGAAUGGACCAGGCAGAUGCAAAGCAAGUGGCUUAUAUGGGUGGGAGAUAGGGGGCAGGAGACAUUUGUGAGGCCAAUGGGCUCUAAUGGGGCAACAGCCCACUGUCCUAAAAGAAAAUCUCUCCAUUGUCUAUUAUUCAGAGUAAAAGCAGUAAGGCUGCAGUCCGUUGCACACUUGCAAGUUAGUACAAUUGAAUUUAGUGGGAUUUAUAAGUAAACAUGUACAGGUUUAGUCUGAGCACAAUUUUGUGCUCUUUUAAAGUCCCUCAAACACACAGAAAAUAAUAAAAUUGCUUGUAUGUAUUUGUAUAUUUCCUCCCCAGGCACUUCUAGAUUUUUGUGAGUCUUACGGCUUAAUAUGCACUAAGCCUACAGUGUGGGUCUUGCACUACCUCAACACUUCUGGUGCAAGUUGUGAGAGUAGAAUAAUGGGUGUGUAUGCCACAAGAGCCGAUGGAGAAGCAGCAAUUGAAAAGGAGCUGGGAGGAAGAAUACACAGCAAAAAUAUUUACAAGAGGUAAGAAGCUUUAUAGUCAUGUGAUUACAUCAAAGUGUGCUUGUAAAAUUCUGCUGAGAAUCUUGUACAGUCAAAUCUCUGUUGUCAAAACGUAAUCUGUUCCGGAAGCCUGUUUGGCUUCCGAAAUGCUCAAGAACUGAGGCGCGGCAUCCAAUUGGCUGCAGGAGCUUCCUGCACUCAAGCGGAAGCCACGUCAAGCGUUCGGCUUCCGAAAAACGUUCAAAAACCGGAACACUUCAGGAGCUGAAACGUUUUAAAAUGGAGGCGUUUGGAAACCGAGGUUUGACUGUAUCUACUUUAGAGAUGGCACUAUCAGAUGUGUAAAGACAUGCACAUCUCUUCCAUGCCUAGGGAGUUUAAAGCGAUGCUUAGUUACACAAAUUUCCUUCAUUAUAUUAAUAUUGGUGGAUUACUGUUAAAUACUUUGGGCCCCAAUUUAUCAUAAACAAAAGCAAAGGCUGGAACAUCUAAAUGCUUCUCCAGAUAUAAACAAAUAAUAGUCAACCUGAAUGUGGGAAACACUAGACUUGCUAGAAUAUUCAUAAGACAAUACUCAAAAGAGUUGUUUUUGAGUAUCAGAAGAAGUCAGCGGUACCUGUUGUUUACAUUUUGUGUAUUUUUUCCCUAGACAGUUAGGUGAGAGUGUUGCUUUAACUUUGGUGCAGAGAAAGCAAGAAAAGGAGAAGCUUACAAUCUGCAAACCAUUUGAUCAGGAGUCUUGUUUAAAGCCAGUUGCUGCGAGACGUUGUCCAAAUGGCAACACUGAAGCUUGAUGGACCCAUUAAGACUAACCUUAGUGCCAUUGGUUGAGUGAUUCAAUAAUUGCUGUGAAUGUUCCCAUUUGUUGUGGGGAAAAGUUGUUAUUAGCAUUUCAUAAAUUUGCAUACCACCAUUCAUCAGAAGAUCCCAGGGCAGUUAAUAACAUAAAAAUGCAACAUGGGAACACAUAAUAAAACAAAGUGAACCAAUAACUCCCUCUCUCAAAAGCACAUUUAAAAGGCCAUUGAAUGUUUAUCACCGAAAGGCUUCACUUGGCACCUCAAGAUGUGUAAUGAAGUUGCCAGGCAAGCCUCUCUGGGAAGAGCAUUCCACAAAUGGGCAGUCACCACAGAAAUGGAAACCAUUUACAGUUGUGAGAUUGAAACUCAAAUGAAUUGUGGUUUUUGACAAUGAAGGUAUAUUACAAAAUUGGGAAAACUGUGUUUUUAUGCCAUCAGUUUUAAACAUACUUUGCUUUUAGACUUUAAGCAAUUUAUUAUUAUUAUUAUUCAGCUUGUAAAGCAGCGUAAUUUCCCCUAUUUUCCUACAUUUUUUUCUCCAGGAAAGCCGGAAACAACGUCCAAUAUAUCUGGAGCUAUUAUUCAGGGUCUGAAUUGGAGAAGAUGAUGGAUGCAUUUGAGGCUUGGGAAGGGAGAGGUAUCUCAUGUUUCUGAUAGUAUUUUCCGUAAAGAAUAAAUGUUUUAUCCUGCAACUGUUUGUCCUGAAAUAGUGUCGAUUUGUGAAGGGCAGGCAGGCUAUAUUUCCAACUAUCCUUUAAUAAGGAAAGGGAAUAAUUGAAUUGGCGGUGUUUGGUGGGGAAACCUUGGCAGAAUCCAAGUUAUGGAUGUAUUUAUCUAUUUAAAAGUCUGUGCUUUCAUACACUGGUCCUAUUGAGCUCUAAAAACAGCCAAUUUAUUUUGCAUUGCAGUUGUGCACUGCUUUAAGUUUUAAGAUUUAAGUUUACAGACAUGCUUGUGGAAUAUCAGUGGAAGAUCUCUUCUGGUGGUUGUUUGUUUUUUAUUAACCUAGGAGAAAAUUUGUAGACAUCUGACUCUUAGCCUAGAUAAAUUCAUGUUUCUUGGACAUUAAUGUCACUUGGCUUCAAAUACUUGCCCACUACUUUGAUUAAUAAUGCCGAAGGCAAAUGUGAAAUACAUGGAAGUAUCAGAUAUUUUGGGAGAGCUUUCAGCCUUCUGUACAUGAUGUAUGUUAGUUUAAAUUUGAGUGUUCGCUCUGUCUGAAGAAGAGACCUGUGAGUUCUGAACGCUUGCACAUUCUUAAAAGCAGGAUUUAGUCCACCGAGUAUCACAUUCUCCCUCCCCUCUCUUUUCUGGAACCAACAUGACACCACUAUAUCAGACAGUUUUUUGAGAGAAGGAAAAAAGACUGUAAAUAAAACAUUUAGCUCUUUAAUUAGGAAAAAAAUGAUUCAGGGUGGGAGUACAUUGCGCCAAGUUCCCCAAAGAAAGCAUUAUAGUUGAGCACUCGGGAGAUAUAUGGUGUCUGAAAGAGUUGCCUGAUUGCGUAUCAUUGGGCUUAUACAUUUGACAGAAACAUCUUGAAUAUUGUAUUAAAAUUGCAUUUGAAAUUACAGGUGUCAGUUAUUGGCGAGUCCCGCAGGAACUGAUAGAAUGUUGGACUCUUGAGGAACGCCCUUUGAAAGGAAGUCUCCAAAGCAUGCCUCCAAUUCAUAGACGGUACGUCUUACUAAUCAUGCUUCGUUUUCUCGAAGAAUGCUUCAUAUGGAACAGGGACUAUUUCAAAAAUAGCGUUAUCUCCACGUUAAUCUUUGUGCAUCCCCUUGUUAUAAGGGUGUAAAAUCAAAAGAUGAUGUAGGAAGGUUUCAUGUAAAGUUUGUUAAUUGUAAGUGUAUUACACAAGCUGGUAUAAUGCUAAUUACAUAACUAAAUGUAACAAAACUAUAAUUGUACACAUUUUAAGGACUGCCUCUGCAAACGCAUACCCUAAAACAGGAAAAUAUAUAAUUGUAAGUUACGCAUUCCACAGAUAUCUGUGUGGUGGGCCUCUCGCUGUAUAUUACAAAGCCAGCCAUUAGCCCAUUUCAUAAAAAUUUAAUCAGGAGCAUAAGACUCAGUACUUAGAAAUAUCCUGCAAUCCAUAUUAGAUAAUAAAAGAAUAUGAUUUCCCUGUUAUUUGUGUUGAAUCCAACUGGUUCAUUCCAGUAUGUUGGCCUGGUUAUUUUUGGCUGAAUAUACAUGUAUUUGUAUACUUGUUUUAUACUUGUAUAUUUUUCCUUGCUCUGGGUAAGUCCAAUAUAAAAAAUAAAUUUGAAUGCAUACACCUACUGCAGUUUUAAACAGAUCCUGGAAUAUGAAAUAUUGUAUCCAGAGGUGAAUGUAGGAAGCACCCUUAGUUGCAUCUGAGUUAUGAUCUGUGCAUAAUUUCCCAAAGCAAUAGAGUCAGUAAUUUUAUUCUCCGUGCUUACAGACAAUUAACAGAUCUUUCUGAAGAAGAAGGUCACUCGAGCAGUAGAACAGGCCGAAAGCCAAUUCAGUUUUCUGGUCCGUCAACAAGUACUCGCAUCACAAUUAAGAAUUCUGCUUUUGUAAAUGUAGCAGUACGCCCUACAUCUUGCCGUUCACAGAAGACUCUCAAGCGACCUAGCAGAGACAGUUCGUUGCUGUGCAAAGACGUACCAAAACCCACACCAUUGACUAAAAAUUCUCAAGAAUCCGUUAGGAGCACUGAAAAUGGGGCAGACUGUCACAGGACGCUAAAGGCCCCGUUCUCGAAGAAGCCUACAACCAGCCGUGCAGUAAAACUCAAGCGGACUCCGCUCUGUAACGACCGGUUAACUCAACACACUUCCCAGGUACUGAGUACGGUAGCUGAGCACCAAGUUCCAUCUGUUGCAGUUGGCUCCACUCCUGCUUCCCAAAACUUAGGCCAGGAGGAAUUUGGACACUCCGAGGAAAACGCUACCGCUAAGAAUCAUUUACAGGAAGACCAACUGAACGAUGUGGCAUGAAUUUUAUAUAUAUGGUGUUAUCCGUCAUGAUCUGCUAGAGACAAAAUUCUGAUCUUUUGGGAGUCCUAAUAAAUGUGACACAUUUGGGAGGGGGGAACAUUCACAUUUAUAAUCAGAUUUAUAAUGGUUUUUCUCUUUGUGUGGCGAAAGAGGCAUAUGGAUGUUUGUUUAGAAAUAUUAUAUGCUUUUUGCCGUUCACUCAUUACAUUAUAUAAAUAAAAUUUGAGCUGCUCAGUCAUUCUAGAAUAGAGAUUGUGCCAGGCUUUGUGUACACUUCAUCCCUUUUUUUCUAAACCCCCAAUUUUCCCAUUCCAUAUAAUUUUUGUGUGACUUAUUCUGCAUCUCUUUCCAUUUUGUGUAACUUAUUCUACUUCUGCUCCUCCUGAACAGCAUCAAGGGCCUACAGAGGUCAGUAAAAACUCUGUGUCCCCCCCGGAAUUUUGUACUCCACAAUUCCUCUAGUUUCUCAGCAGGCAUUGUCCACAUUUUUUCAAGCGCAUCUUUGUAGCUGUUUGGGCUAUAUGGCAUACCUUAUAAUCUGCACCACGGGAUCUUUCAGUAGACCUUGAAAAUUAGGCUACAUUUUGAGAACGAGCCUUGAGCUUGCAAACUGUCCCCCUUCUUUGGCACAACUAAGAGGAGACUGGAAACUCUCUGCUUGUAUGUGAGUGUCUUUUGAACUGUAGCUAAUGUUAGCUAGGCUUGGUUGAAACAUGCCAAUUCCAUAAACUUGGAUUUGAAAUUGGGUCCAUAGUUACAAUGAACUAGUGUGCCUGUGCUUGAAGAGCAUGACCAGUUGUAGUUAAUAUAAAACAGAAGUGAGAUUUUCAGAGUAUAGUCAUACCUCGAGUUGCGUUUGCUCCAUGAUACGUUUUUUCAGGUUGCGUCCUGCGGCGACACGGAAGUACCGGAAAGGGUUACUUCCGGGUUUCGCCGCUCGCGCAUGCGCAGACGCGGGUUGUGUUCUGCUCAUGUUGCGAACGGGACUCCAGAACGGAUCCCGUUCGCAACCAGAGGUACUACUGCAUUUAGGCAUGUGUCAGAAGAGGAAGAAGGAAUGCGUCGGCCCAGGGCUUGGUGUAGCUUGUAUUUGUAAUACUAAGUUAUGACCAAUGUUUUGGUGUAGAUUAGGAGCUCAGAGCUAUGAACCAUGGUGUCUGGUUUGAAUUCCCACUCUUCUCUCAUCCUUAGUACUCCACCUGCGAUACGGGGAUAAUAAUGUAGCCAUUCCUUGCAAGUUCAACGUGUAAAGAUUAUUGACAAAUCAGAAGCUGCUACAUUAUUAAAAUCAACUUAAACUUUUGUGCCAUGAAUUCUGGUUUGAAAUCAGUGCAUUCCGUCAGAUGAGAGCGUGCCUGCUGGAUUAUUUUAUUUUAUUUUAAAAAAAUCUGUGUUAAGAAAACUCUUGUCUACAGUAGCAGGAGAAAUCAACUUUCACAAAUUGGAAAAUGCUGAACCCUGGCAAUGUGAUGAAUGUGAUUCAAUUUUUAUUGUGCCAUUAACUUGAUUGAGAGUAGCUCAUCAGUCUUCUAGUGCUUAGUGUUUGAUUUGAAUUGAGUGCUCUGACCUCAUUUGGAACAUUAAAAUCGUUUUAAAUGGAUCUUAUUAAUGAUAAUACUUUUGUCAAUGACGACACAAGAAACAUGUUUCUGCAAAGCUUGGUAAAAAAAAAAACUUUACAAAAGCGAUAAACUUAUGUUAACUAAAAGAGAUCAUUAACUAAAAGAAAUCAAGAGUUGUAGAACAAAGCUUUGUCCUUUGUUUUAUUUAUUAAAUUUAUUGCCUUUCCUCCCCAAAGAACUUUUAGGCCUGCUAAUAUAUUGGGUGGGCUGUGUUCUUUCCGCUAUAAUACUUUUAUAAGUACUGCUACAUUUCAUAUAAUCUAUAAUAUGACUUUAGUUAAUGAUUAUUUGCAUUCUGAGCCUAAAAUGACAUUUUAAAAAAUACCGUUUAUACCUAGAGGUGGCAGUAGAGCUGGAUAGGUAAGGAAAAAGAACACAGGAUACCCAGUCAAAGUUGACUUCUCUUUCUAGUCUCUUAUAUGAGAAACACUGUAGAGUUAUCCUGCCCCCCCACUUGAGAGGAUGGCAAUACAAGGAGUCCAGAUGUAAAAUUCAGUAUGACAAAAUCAUUUGCAUGUGACAGAGCAUGGGUUAGUCAGCCUGUUAACUGUCCUUAGGAGAUGCCGUUCAUAUGGCUUUCAUUAAAAUAGCUGUAGGGUGGAAUGUGAUAACGAAUGAUAAUUUCAUAUGACAAGCACAUGAUUGUUUUAGAAUCCAUAGCAUGACUUUUUUAACAAUGAAUCUGGGGAGAUGGAAAGCUGUCAUAAAUUAAGUGAAAACAUAAUGUUAAGAAUUUGUCGGAUGCUCCAAAGGGAGGGAAUGUGGGGGUGUCUUUAUUGAAUCUUUCCUGCUUGCCAUUUUGGACUUACCCCCUGACUAUCAUUUGGAACUUGGAAGGGUCAGUAGAUCUCCUCUUCCUAAGCAAGGCCAUUUGCUUCCCAACCAAGGAAGACAUUCCCUGUCGUGCAAGGCAGAAAAAGAAUAACACUCAGAUUUUAUUUCCAGAUCUAAUAAAAGUGGUUGAUUGAUGACAAGACUUUUCAGGAGUUUGUCAAAUGGCAUGCGCUCAGUACUUCCAUGGUACUUCCCAGUGCCGUAGCGUGGGUUGUCAGCACCCGGGGCAAGGCAAGUAAUUUGCGUCCCCUAACCCGUGGAUUUUAGCACUUGAGUCUCUUCCACCAGAUUAGCGUGCCCCCCCCCUCAGAUGUUGCGGCCGGCCCCCCCUGCACCCCCCACGCUACGCCACUGGUACUUCCAGUCUCUUGACACAUGGACCAAUGAUGGCAGAGCAUUUCUCAGCAAGCUUGGAUCCACUACAGCCAUAGCCGACGAAGAACACUGCAGCAUGUUGAAUUUCCUCUAAUUGGUGACUGCUCAUUAUUAACUUCAUGACUACAGUGUUCCACCCCUGUCUCCUUCCAUUACCACUUGCUGUCUUUAUGGCAAGUUGUUGCUGGGUUAUUUUUUCAGUGAUUGUGAUAAAGCUUGGGUGAGUAUGUUACUCCAACAAAUGGAGGCAGAUGUAGAAGCUUAAAAAAUGGAAAACGGAAAUUGCCUUCAUUUCAGAGGCUCAUGUUCCAAAGGUGGGUGCGGAAUAGUGCAACACCUUUUCUAGUGACAGUACCUCCUCUCCCUGCUCCACCCCCAAAAAAAAAUAUUCUCAGCUGAAUGAAGAGGAUUUAGGGAAGAAGAGGAAUCUCACUUUGCAUUAGGAUUUUAAAAGGUAAAAAGCAGGAUGACUUGGGAAGGAAGCAUGGAAAGCUACAAAAACUAACUGGUUACUAAUGCAGGCCAACAUUUGUGGACCCCUGUCAUCGAACAGUGAGCCUGACAUCUUCCUUUUCAUCAUUAGGAAUGACUGAUUUGGGGAAAAGGUAAUAAGGUAACAACAGAAUCCAGAUGGUUUGUUGUUGCAAAAUAAAACACUGCAUUUUGU